AUGAGUUUCAGAAGCAGAACAUGGAUGGUAGCCGGAACUGUCGGAGUGGUGGAAGCCCUCAAAGAUCAAGGCUUUGCACGAUGGAACACCACCAUCAGGGCAGUCCACCACCACGCCAAGUCCAAUCUCCGAUCAAUCACCCAGGCCAAAACCUUGACUUCGCCGGCGGCCAUGGCAUCUAGCAGAGACAUGGAAGAGAAAGCGAAACAAUCAGAAGAAACAUUGAGAAAAGUGAUGUACUUGAGCUGUUGGGGUCCCAAUUAA